AUGAUUUCUCUCAUAAUUAUUUAUUUAANAUUUAACAAAAUAGCUUGCUCAUUACAUUGUUUAGGAAAAUAUGAGGAAGCUCUUAUUUGUUGUGAAAAAGCAAUUCAAAUAAAUCCUAUGAAUGAAACAGCUUAUAUAAAUAAAGGUUUUUAGAAAUGAUAUAUAUUGUUAGGUCUUGCAUUAGGAAACUUAGGAAGAAAUCAAGAGGAAUUGGGAUGUUAUGAUAAAGUGAUAGAAAUAAAUAAAAAUAAUGAAGCAUCUUACAUUAAUAAAUGUUAAUCAAUUUUUAAUUCAUAGGUUGGACCCUAAAUCACUUAGGAAAAUUUUAAGAAGCAAUUUAAUGUUGCGAAAAACUUAUUGCGGUCAAUCCAAUGCUUGAUUAAGGUUUUUAUAUUAAAGGUUAAAAUUAAUAAUUAAAAAUUAGGAAUUGCUUUAUAAGGAAUGUAACGGUAUUAGGAAGCUAGUAUACAAUUUGGUUUAGCCUAUGAUAUUUCAAAUAAUGUUGAUCAUUUAGUGGCAAAAGGUAAAAAUUUAAUAUUUAAUUUAUAGCUGAUGCAUUAUUUAAUUCUGGAUAAAAGAAAUAAUCUAAAUAAUAUUACAUUUAAGCUUUAUAGAAUGGAUAUCAUAAUAAGCAACAUAUUGAAAAUAGACUGAAAAAGAUAUGA